UUCUAAUUGAGAAAAUUUGCUUACAUAGACUGUUUCUUUUCAAUAAUAGACAAGUAAAAAAGUUACAUAUUAAUUUUUAAUUUUUCUCCUAGGAAAAUUACCACUUUUUGAAGCGACUUCUCCUCUUCCAGCGGCUUAUACGAACCUGGGCCAAGUGCAACCGGUCGGUUUCAACGGCUAAGAUCAGCCGGCGUAAAAAAGUCAACACAAUUAGUUGAGCCAAUUUAUAGAACCUUCCUCAAUGUUUACAGUUUUGCCCCUGCAUAACUUGUCAAAGCCCAUUACUUUUUUAAAAGACCUUAAGCUAUUCUACAUAUUACCCCACUGGGCCAGUUUCUCUUAGCCCAUAGGCCCAUUGUUAGUUACCGAACACUGAAGUAAAAGAGGUUCACUUCUCUCUCUUUCUAUGUGAAGUUUAUCUGUUUUCCAGUUUCGAUUUCGAAUCAAAUAUGAAGCUGAAAGAGUUUUUCUGAAUCUUUGUCUUUGUAUCCGUUAUCUGAAUUCUAUUCGCCAUGGAAGCUGUGCUUCUCUGCUCGAAGCUUGUUCCUAGAGCGGCGUCGUUGGAAGGGAACCAAAAGUUUUCGUUCAGGCAUUUGAACAAACACCUUAAGUGCAAUUCCCUUCGUGCUGAUUCCAGAGACACUCCGUUGCUCCGAGGUUUUGAAGCGAUAAAGAGUCCGUCUAUCUGGAGUUGUGCGCCGUUCCCAGUGAGAAAAGGUUCAUGGGUUCCACCCAGAUGCUCGAUUUCUAGCUCGACUGUUUCCGAUUCCGAUAACCCUUUCCUUAGCCAAUUUCGAACCUUCUCUUUUGGGUCAAUGGUGAAGAAAGUUCGUGAGUUGAAAGUGAAGCCCAUGGAUGUUGUGAAGUUAACUCUUUUGCUAUCGAUUUUGACUGUGGCUGCAAAAAAGACUUUGACUUUGGUCUUGGACCCAUUCUUCUGGAUGUAUUUUAGCUGGACAUGGUUGUUCUGGCCUUGGUUUAUCGCUGUGGGUCUUGCGGGUUAUGGAAUUUACUGUUUCCGUAAGCAUUGGCUUGGCGAAGCCAAUGCCUUUGAGCAGCUUGGUAUUGUAACUUCAGUCUUCACAUGGCUAACACUUGUGCCUCCUGCUUAUUUCAAUGGUUAUCUUGAAGGCUGGCCUUAUGUGUUCUUCUUGGCGUAUCAUUACUUCUUUUUCUUCAAUGUUAGCGUGAGAAAACGCCUCUAUGGAGAUUUCUAUGCUCGCACUCAUGAUCCCAAAUGGGAUGUGAACACGCCUCUGUGGUCUCGGAUUUUGUUUGGUGUUGGCAUCAUGGUUGGACAUUGGCUUGCAGCUUUUGAAGGGCCUGAGCUUCACCGAUUACCAGGGGGUUGGGCCAAUGUAGGGAUAUGGAUUUUGAUUGUGAUUACAAUGCUUAUGCAUUAUGAUUCAACGCUAUAUCUUGCUAGAUAUUCUGAAAAGGUUGUUGUUCCAACGGCUGUUGUGCAAUUUGGUCCUUAUAGAUGGGUCAGGCAUCCGAUAUAUGCUUCUACGAUGCUUCUUUUCGCUGCAUACUGCACUGCUCUGCGUGCGCCUUUGAGUCUGUUGUUUCUUUUAGCGGUUUGUUUGGUUUACUACAACAAGAAGGCAAAGAUGGAAGAAGAAUUGAUGGUGGAGAGUUUCGGACAAAGCUAUUCGGAUUAUGCUGAUAAGGUUAGGCACAAGUUCAUUCCUUUUGUUUACUAGUAGUGGUAUAGAGGAACCUGUGUUGUGUCUAAUUUUCUGGUAUCUAUCAGCCAAAGAUGUAUGAAUGAAGAUGAGUUCUCAUUUUUAUUGGAAUGUUAGGCUUGUGAAAAGGAUAUGCUUUUAUGCUAUUCAUGGUUCUCUUAAAUUCUAUUUCAAGUUAUUUUUCCA